AUGAAGUACAUUCACAGCCAGGAGUCGCUGAACAUCCCCGAGGGUGUCAAGGUGCACAUCAAGACGAGGGUUGUCACCGUUGAGGGUCCCCGAGGCUCUCCCCGCGGUGAUUUGGGAGCCCGGCAAUGGCGAGACGCGAGGAUUGACGGUCUCAUAGGCAAGCUCACCAAGGACCUCGGUCACCUUGCGGUCUCCUUCCAGCACCCCAAGAAGGACCAGAUCAACAUUGAGCUCCACCAUGGCUCCCGCAAGAACGUCGCCACCCUCCGGACCGUCCGCACCAUCAUCAACAACCUGAUCAUCGGUGUCACCAAGGGCUUCAAGUACAAGAUGCGCUACGUCUACGCCCAUUUCCCCAUCAACGUCAACCUCGAGAAGAACAACGAGACUGGCCUGUUCGAGGUCGAGAUCCGUAACUUCCUGGGCGAGAAGAUUGUCCGCAGGGUCGUCAUGCAGCCCGGUGUCGACGUCGUCGCGUCGAAGAACGUCAAGGACGAGCUCCAGCUCACCGGUAACGACCUGGAGAGCGUCUCCCAGAGCGCCGCCGAUAUCCAGCAGAUCUGCCGUGUGAGGAACAAGGAUAUCCGGAAGUUCUUGGACGGUCUGUACGUCUCCGAGAGGGGCAACGUCAUCGAGGAGUAA